AUGAAGGUGUCUGGGAGCUCUGGCAGCUACCUGCAGCUGGGACCUAAGCUCCCACCCACUGCCCUGGGAAGAGGCCGCCUUGGCCUUCUUCCGCAGUCAUGCUGGUUCGGAGGCACAUCAUCGCCGACCCACCUGGGCUCACUGGGGGGACGCCUGCGCUCCAGUCUUGUCGCCGUGCUCGGAGCUCGCUUCCAGGUAUUGGACGAAACCAUCCAACACAUGGCUGACACCAGGUGGCGGGCGUGUGUAGCAGAAGCGACAGAGCAGGCGCAGGCCGUGCAGGCAGUGCAGGCAGUGCAGCCAGCGCAGCCUGACGGCCAGCCAGUGCAGUAUGCCAUACCGGCUGGAUACCAGGCGGUGGCUGUGCCGGCCAUGGACCCUGCACAGUACACCGCAUGGCUUCAAGCACUGCAAGCGCAGCAGGUCGUGGCACAGCAGAUGUUCGCACAGCAACUUGCAGGCGUGGCAGGCGGUGCGGCAGGUGUUGCAGGCGGCGCCGGCUUGCUCCCUGUCUCCGAGUGGUGUAGGUAUGCGGCUGUGCCGACGGUGCCCGGUGUGGCCCUUCCAACAGCCGUCGCCGCUGCACCAGCGUCCGAAGACAGUCCGGCCUACAGUGGGCAGAUCGUGGACUACAAUGAAGACAAAGGUUUCGGCUUCAUAGAGUGCAAAGACACCCAGCAAAUCUAUGGAAAAGACAUCUUUCUUCUGCGAAGCUCCUUGAACGGUUUGAUUGUCAGUACCGGAGACAGAGUAAGCUUCAAGGUGGAAACCGGCAUCAAAGGCCCCAAGGCCGUUGAAGUGGAGAUCAUAGAAAGGAUAGCCGACAUGGCCGAGCGCUUGCCCACAUACUGGGGCAGAGUGAAGAACUUUGAUGCUGCCAGAGGUCUUGGCUUCAUCGACUGUGAAGAGACCAAGGAGGUCUACGAAAAGGACAUUUUGGUCUUGCGGAGUCAGCUAGGUGAUCACUCCAACGACACGAUCGUGUCCUUCAACAUCGUAGAAGAUGCCCGAGGUGUCAAGGCAGCCAACGUGAAGAUCCACCCCGAUGGCUACCCACCCGGGAAAGAGCCCAAAAAGAAAGGCAAGGGCAAAGGCAUGAAGGGCUUCGAGAUGGGCUUCGGCGAUGGGAAAGGCUGGGGCAAGGGCAAAGGCAUCGACGUGGGCCAGCUGUGGCAGGUGCUGACCUUGAGCUUGUCGUUGGCAUGCCCACUGAUUACUAUCACGUCCUACGUUGCACCGACUGGAAUGGUCCUGGAAGCAGUGCGGCGGAUGAAGGCCAGCCACCUGCCAAUGGUUGUGUUCAAGGCGCAGGCGGCGUGCAACAUCUUGAGCAUUGGCUACGGUUUGCAGAUUGCCAACGCAGCCGUUCUCAUGACCAACCUAUUUGGUCUGGCCUGCCAGAUUCUAUUCUUCGCAGGAGAGCACUACAUCAGGGCCGCAGACGCCCAAUGGCUUCCGUUUGCUGUUAAGACGUCCGUGAUCCUGAACGGUGGGAUAGUCAUUGCAAGAAGUGCUCCCAUGAAUCUCCUGGGGCAGUUCAUCACAGUAUUCAAUAUAUUUCUGUAUUCGUGUCCGUUGAUGAACCUUGGUGCGGUCUUACGCACAAGAAACAGCAGUCCGUUUCCAUCCUUCAUGGUGGGCAUCAAUGUCGUGAACAAUGCGCUGUGGAGCAUUUAUGCUUUGCUGAUCGAGGAUGUUGUGGUCCUGAUGCCAAGCAUCUUGGGCUAUGCUUGCUCCUUUUUCCAGGUGCUACUUAUUCUGUGGUGUCGCAACCGUCUACCGUUCGACCUGAGCUUCCUGCUCGCGAUCAUUCAGAAGGCCAAGCCGCGGGCCUCGGAAGCGGAGCCGAGCACUCCGGAGAGCGACCAUCUGGCCGAAGCUUCCGAAGAACAGGAUGGAAAUGAAGACUGGCUAUGA